UACCAAAUUUCCAACCCAAAUUUUCCAGCUCAUCUCCUCCAACCUAAGGCCUCCCAACUACUCCUUAAUUUUCCCCAACUCUCAUAAUCAUUCCUAGUCCACCUCAACCAAGCUUCCAACAAAUCCUCCUAUUCAUCUCCAACUCCUACCUCAAGGCACAUGACUCUUCAUCAUUUUCCAUGUGCUCUCUCUUCCUACUCAUCAAGAAUUCUCCAAGUCAUCUACUCCAACCAAUAAUCCUCCUCACAUGUGCCUCAAGCACAUUCCUCCCUUCCCUACUCAUCAACCUCCACAUGCCUCUUAUUUAUUCCUUCCUUCCUUCCUAUCCCAAGUCAUCCAAGUUGCCAUAUCAUCACACAAGACUCUCAUGAUUCCUUACUUUUCUCACCUUCCAACUCAACAAAGCUUUCAUUCCUCCUCCUCUCCUUCCUUUCCAACUCAUCCAAGUUUCUCUCCAACACCACAUGGUCUACAACUCCAAGUCACCAAAGGCUCAACAACUAUCACAUGCUCCACUACUAUUCAUCUUCACCAAGAAUCCUCUCCAACUUCUCAAGAAGUUUCUCAAAGUACAACAAGGCAUCUCCAAGCUCCUCUCCUCCAAGCUUCCCUUCAAGUCUUCUUCAAGCUCCUCAAGCUCACACCACUACAAAGGCUCCUUGUUAGCAUUCAUGUUCUAUGUCUCUAGAGAUGGUAUUACCAUGCUACCUUUCUUCCUAGACUACUAUGAGUGGUCUCUUUCUCAUGCAUGUCCUUGUAUCCACCAUGGAUUAUAAGGCUUGUACUAUACCCUAUUUCA